AAAAAACCGUAGAAGAAGAUGUUUAGAAGAGGCAGUUAAGUGACAGUCCACCGACCUGUCUGCUUGUGUGCUUCAGGUGUUAAAUUCAUCGCUUUGAGGCUCUUCUUUCAUCAUUUUCACAACAGCCAAAUGAAAAAAACUAACAACGUUACGUAACAACAGCUGAUACCCGAGAAAACAGAAAUGGCAGACGAAGAAAUAGACUACAACAUCGUGUUUCCAGACGCAGGGACGUCGGAGAGACACUGGCAGGGGACAAAGGAGCCUGUUGUGAUCCUGCUGGGUUGGGCUGGCUGCAAAGACAAACACCUUUCCAAAUACAGCUCCAUCUACAACGAACAGGGAUGUGUGACCAUUCGUUACACAGCUCCCCUGAAGACAGUCUUCAUUUCCGAGUCGUUUGGCUACAAGGAGCUGAGCAGCACUGCGCUGAAGCUGCUGGAGAUCCUCUAUGACUAUGAGGUGGAGAACAGUCCUAUUUUCUUUCACAUAUUCAGUAACGGGGGCUUCAUGCUGUACCGUUACAUUAUAGAGUUGUUGCACAAUGAUAAACAGUUCAGCUCCUUGUGUGUGGUCGGGGCCGUGGUGGACAGCGCCCCCGGUAGUGGGAAUGUCCGCGGGGCCCUGCGUGCACUCAGAGCCACUCUAGGGCCAAAAAUAAGUCCUGUUUUAAGGUACGUCCUCCUAGCUCUUUUCGCGGUGACUGUUUUCCUCUUGCGUAUCAUUCUGUACCCUUUGACCAAGUACAUCCACAAGAACCACUACGACGCCGUGCAGGAGAGGCCGCCAGCCUGGCCUCAUAUCGUCCUGUACUCCAGAGCCGACCAGGUGAUUAGACACGUGGACAUCGAGGUAUUUGUGCAGACCCUGAAGCAAAAAGGGGUUCCCAUGGACAGUUUUGAUUUUCUUUCAAGUCCCCAUGUCGGUCAUUUCCGGGAGUUCCCUGAGCAGUAUUCUCUGAAGUGUCGUGAUUUCCUGGUUGCCUGCAUGAAGGACUCGGAAGGGACCGAGAUAAAAAAGAGACAGAGGGUUCAGAAUCAAUGAAACAUGGAGAGAAAUGUAUUUUGUUUUCCCCCUGAAGCCUUCGUUACCACUGGAUUCUUAAUGGAGGGGAAGGAAAACCAACAAACUCAUUUUUCAUCAUAGUCUUAAAAAUCGGUUAAAUAACCAGGCAGAAAAUCUCUGGAAGACAGAUGGAGCUUGUGCUAGACUAGUUCAAGAUCUUAGCAAUGUUUUUCCCGUCUUGGAUGCACAUAAUUCAUAGUAUUUACACGCCAGCCAUUUUCCUUGAAGUCAAGCUCAAGGUGGGAUGUGCUGUUAUGAAGAUGUUCUGCUGUGUUCAAAGUUGAAAUCUCACACAUUGUUUUUA